AUGAAUUUGACUCACCAUGUUAUCUAUCUGUGGUGUCUUUUCCACUUCACGGUCACUCCUUCAACAUCUUAUAAUUUGAACCGCCAGCACCUCACACGGAGAGACGCAGCGAUCUCGAAUUCGCCUUCGGGGAAUUACGCACCAGUUGUGGACAAAUGUCCAACAGAUUUUUUUACCAGACAACCCAACGACGCUGAGGCAAAACUUUCGAAGUCCGAGUCAGAUUAUAUCAACACAAGAGCAGGACAUUCGAUACCCUCAUGGGAAGAAUACUUAAACCGAGUCCAAUUGAAAGACUUCGACGUCAAUUCAUUUCUUCACAAAGCGAAACAAAAUGGCGGUAAGGCCGGAGAGACGCUGCCUAACCUGGGAUUUUCUUUGAGUGGUGGUGGUGCGCGGGCUCUAUGCGUUACGGCUUCUAUCCUUGAUGCCUUUGACUCAAGGAACGAGAAAGCAAACGAAGGCCAAGUCGGUGGUAUUCUUCAACUAGCAAAUUACGCAGCUGGAGUUUCUGGAUCUAGUUGGUUGCUUGGCUCUUGGGCCACCUCGAAUUUCCCCCGCAUUUCCACCCUCGACUGGAGGCUAGACGAGGAGAAUGAUUUGUGGGACUGGAAUGUCGCCAAGCACUUCCUCAAAGUAUGGAAGAUAGUGAAGAAAAAGAAAAAAGCAGGAUUUCAUGUCAGCAUUGAUCCCCAGACAGGCAAAGCGGUUCUCUGGUCGUCGAUCAGGCAAACUUCGGGAUACAAGGAAAGAAGCGCCCCUUAUGUUAUGGCAAUAGCUACAAGCCGGCCAGAGAAGAAAACGGCAUUCACCCCAGAGACUCCCAUAUAUGAAUUCACGCCAGAGGAAUUCGGUGUGUGGCAUCCUUAUCUCAACGUUUCGAUCCCAAUGGAAUACCUUGGCUCUCCCCCCGAAACCUAUAAAAGCCCGUCCACUUCAAGCUGUGUGAAAGGUUUCGAUAAUGCCGGAUUCGUAAUGGGCAUGUCUAGCAACAUCUACUCCGCUGCUGACUCUCCCGAUACAAGUGAUCUUCCUUCAUUCAUAAGGAUGUUGGAUAAGUUCGUGGAUGAUGAUGACUGGGAAGGAAAGCUACCAAAUACCUUUCAAGGCUUAGGAAAGAAUGGACAUUUCCAAGACGACAAGCGUGAUACACUGCUCAUGGCCGACUGUGCAUUGACGAUGGAAAACGUCCCGAUUUUUCCAUUUCUUCAACCGUCUCGUAAGAUUGAUGUUAUCAUUGCCGUGGACUCAAGCGCCGAUGGUGUGAAGCCCUCCGACCCCAUUCAGUAUGGAUAUCCAAAUGGCACUGCGUUGUACACAAUCUACACAAAAACCUUACAGCCACAUUUCAGCGGGUAUCGGAUGCCGAAGAUUCCAAACCCUUAUGACGGAAGCUUCACCAAAGCUGGAUAUCAUCAACGGCCCACAUUUUUCGGAUGUGAUUCGAAGCCCAAGACGCCAUUAAUAAUCUAUCUACCAAACUAUUAUAUGAUCGGAAAAACAAAUGUUCCAACUAAGGAAACGACUUACUCUAAAGAACGGAUGGAUGAGUUCUUCGAAAACGGAUUCGCGAUAGCCACACAGAACACGGGCUUCAAGGCGGACACAGAAUGGCCUGCUUGCUUGGCAUGUGCCUUGAUCGAUCACCAAAUCCAAAGGAAUUCACAAGCAAGAACAAAACAGUGUCAAAGAUGUUUUGAUUCCUACUGCGCUCGCGUUUAGCUUCCACCAUAUCCAUCGACUCUUGUCUUUUCCCAACACUCAUAAACGACCUAGAAAAACCAAACUGAUCACAGGCAUAACCUCG